AUGAUAGAAGAGGUGGAAAGGUUUGCGGCGUAUGAGGAGUACGGUAUUGCCUUGACGGCUGGUGGGCAAGGAAAACUCGCCUUGAUGUACGAAAGGCUGGCGAGGCAAGGGCCCGUUAUUGCAGUACCCUCGGCGGAUUUGCUCGCUACCUGGGCGUUGUCCAGUGUAACGUGGUCGGCGGUGAAGUGUCAAAGUGUCGCUGAGUGGUACAGCCCAUCCAUCCGAUCUCAACCCAGUGAAUUUACCCUGCAUGCGGAUCGUAGUGCCGACACUACAGCUGCAGCGCUAUCUUGUGCAGGAUCUGGCUUAAGCAGCUGUCAUCUUCGGAUAGCAUACAUGAAGCACCGCCAGAUCCUUCUAAGCUGCUUUGACCGAUAUGCAGAUCGUUUCAGGCCCGAAGGAUCGAUCCAGCCCAUAGCAUCCCUGCCCUAUACAGUCCCCAAGAUCCCGACACACGCGGUUUUGGCUCUAUGUGCCUGGCAACAAUGGUUUGACAAUCGCCUUGAAGGUCCAGGAAACGGUCCACAAUCACAGGGCGCUGUACCUUCCGGGUUUCUCAAGCCCUGUGCCUACCCUAAAUUGCUGAUGGUCACGACUCAGGUCAUGUCAACUGCGGACGCUACAGACCGGCGCAAACCCCAGCCGCGUCCAUGUCAAAACCCUGUAUGGACCCGGACAGGCUUGAUUCACGCUGAGUACUACUACAUGUGUGUUGGCGCAUUCUGA